CAUCAAAAACGGAGGGGGGUUUGUUUGUAUUUUAGUUUUUAUUUUCUGAACGAUUUUCUUUGGUUUGGCGUCCACGACGCUCGUGAACUGCGCUUCGAUCCCGCGAGCCUCAACAAGGCGAGCGCUGCGGGCUAUUCGUCGUCCGAGUCGGAUGGCGGCGAAGAAGACGAGUACUUAAUGCCGUCGCGCAAUCCACACGACAGCGAGUUCGCCGACCACAAUCCCCGGAAGCGCCGCCGCACCGCCCGCGACGCGAAAGAGAGCGCCGCCCUGGGCAUUUUUGGCUCGGAAAGUGAGGAUGAAGGUCCCGGAACUCGGUGGAAGCGCAAGAACCUCCGCAACAAGGGCGUCAGCUUCAUAUCGUCUGCCAACAACAAAGCGCGAGCCUCAGACGAAGACGAGGAUGAAGACAUGGGCAAACAAGACGAAGACGACGAAGAAGACGACAAUGAUGACGAGCGGCCGCAAAUGAAAGCCGCUGCCACGGAUGAGGACUACGACGACGACGACGACGAAGAAGAUGAGGAGGUCGGCGGUGUUGGUUUGGGGUUUGGGGCCGCCACCGCUGGAGCCGCAGCAGCUGCUGCUGCCACUGCCGCCGCCGCGACACAGGGCUUGGGCUGGGCACCUGCGAACAAGCAACAAACACUCCCUCGGGACCUGCAACCUCCGCAAAAACCGUUCGCCAAGUCGACAUUUGACAGCAGCAACCCUUUGGGCAAAGGCUUCACGCCAAUGUCGGCACGCGUACCUAUCCUCUUGGUCAGAGAUGACGAACCAACAACACCCCGGGCGCCGAUGCCUAGCGCCUUCAGGCCGGGCAAGGGAGGGAAGACCAAGAUCAAUACCGGUUCUUUUGGCGCCCGCAUGAUGGCCAAGAUGGGCUAUGUUGAGGGGAAGGGCCUCGGAAAGGAGGGCCAGGGCCGAAACAUCAUCAUUGAAGCCAACCUACGGCCGCAGGGUAUCGGCCUCGGCGCUGUCAAGGAGAAAACCGACCAAGAGAAGCUGGAGGAGAAACGACAGGCCCGUCUGCGUGGUGAGGUGGUGGUAGACUCUGACGAGGAAGAAAAGAAGAGAAAGGCUGCUCGCAGAAGGAAGGCCUUGGGCGGUGGUGUCAGCAGCGGUCCGGCCAGUGGCGCGAGCACCCCGCGACGCCAGAAGCCAAAGUACAUCACCAUGGAUGAGGUGAAGAAGGCGGCCCCGGGCCUCAAGAUCCCUGAUGCCUUCACGCCAAUACUGGAUAUGACUGGGCCGGGAAAGAGAAUGCUCACGUCGUCGUCCGGGCUCAUGACGCCCACUGGAGGAACUGCGCCGGCAGAGUCGGCCGAGGCAGCCGAGUCUCGGAAGCUCACCAGACGUGCCCAGAACGACUUCAUGGCAAUUCUGGAGGAGUGGAAAAACCUGCAAGAACGCAAAGCCUACCUCGACUUGCAGCUUCAACAAGAACAACAGGAACUUGAGGAGCUCACUACGAGUCUGCACGGCAACAGGUCCGUCACGGCGGCUUGCGAAGAGAUUUGUCAGCCGAUGGAGAGCGGAGAACUCGACAAGAAGGCCGACCUUGAAUACCAACUGGGACGUAUCAUUUCCGGUCUGAAAGCCGCUAGCGACAGCUUGUCCGACCGCAUGCUACCUGAGAUCAAAGAAGAGCUGGCCUCACUAGCCGUUGCAGCUAUCAACCCCACCUUCGUGGAAUAUCUCCCGCUCUGGAAACCUCUUGAAGAACCUAAACCGAGCUUUGUCGACGGUCUGGUAUCUAUCAGAGGUCUGCUUGGCCUUGGCCUUGACCAGCCCGUGAAGAAGUCUCGUCGUAAGAUAAUGGCAACUCCAUUCGACACCAUGAUGUACAGGAACUGGCUUCCAGCUGCUGCGAGUGCCGUUCGGGAGUGGAACGUACGAGAGCCUGAUCGGCUGAUUGCGGUCUUCCAGGCAUGGGAUAAGCUCAUGCCUGCCUUUGUUCGCACACAGUUUCUGGAGCAGGACGUCGUUCGCAAACUAGAAGAAGCCGUGCAGAAGUGGCAACCCAAGAAUAAGCAUACCCACAACCUUCCUCAUGGCUGGAUUUUCCCCUGGCUACCCUUCCUCCCCUCGACGCAGCUUGACCCCAAGGCUUCGGUUGGUCUUGUUGCCGACGUGAGACGCAAGUUUCGCCAACUAAUCAGUGUCUGGGAGUUUGACCGCGGUGUUAUUCCUGGCCUGAAGCAAUGGAAGGCGCUCUGGUGCCAGAGUAGCGACCAGUGGGCGCCGCUAGUCGUGAACGAUGUCCUGCCCAGCAUGGCCAAGUAUAUGAAAGCCAACUUCCGGGUUGAUCCCCAAGACCAAGAGCCUUACAUCGGUAUGCUCGAGGGCAGCUUCAAGUGGCUUGAUAUCAUCUCGCCUCGGAUGAUUGGCGAGGUUAUGGUCUUGCAGGUAUUCCCCAUGUGGCACGAAGCGUUAUACCACUGGCUCCUACUCGACGACGCAAACUACGAGGAAAUCGGGCAGUGGUUUCAGUGGUGGAAAGAAGAUGUCUUUCCCGACGAGAUCAAAGCCCUCCCGUCCAUUGCCGCCGAGUUCGAGAAAGGCACCGCCCUGAUUGAGCGAGCUCUAGAUCUUGGCGACCUAGCAAAGUUGGAGCUCAAGGCACCGGAGAAGGGACCGGCCCUUCAAACAUCAAGAUUACCCUCUCGCCGCGAAAGACACCACCACAAGGAGCGAACACGUCACGAUACUCGACAACUGCCUGCUAAGCAAGCAGAGGAGGUUUCAUUCAAGCAGAUGAUUGAAGACUUUUGUCAGGAGAGCGAUCUUCAAUUCAUUCCCGAGCGCAAAAAGGUUCGCGCCGAAGGCCCGUUAUACAGAAUUACUGCGCGCGGAGAUGGCAAAGGCGGUGUCUUGAUUUACUUCAAGGGUGAAGUUCUCUUUGUUGAGACGAAAACGGGUGCUCCAGUCGAGAUUCGCCGCGACCGGGAAAGCGACCUGGGAGUGUUGGUGGAAAUGGCAUCCUGA